CUUGGUCUUGUUUAUAUCUCCUCCCUCGGUCCUCCUCACGGACUGACGUCCUGAACAUUGAACCCGAAGAUGAUUGCUCUGUGGCGGCCUCUGUGUGUCCUCGUCCUCGGCCUUUUCUUGGUCUCCUUUUCCCCGUGUGGUUCGUCCCGGUUCCGAAUCCCGCCUCACGAUGAGGUGGCCCGGGUCGCGCGCUUCGUCGCGCACGAGGUGGACUGGGCCUCCAUGGCCACCAUCUCUACCCACAAACCGGUGGUGGGCCAGCCGUUCUCCAAUGUCUUCUCGGUGAGCGAUGGGCCGAGGGGCUCCAGCUCCGGGGUACCCUACAUGUACCUGACCCGCAUGGAGAUCUCCGUGCAGGACCUGGAGGUGAGCCCUGUGGCGUCUCUGUCCAUGUCUCUGGCUCAGACUGAUUACUGCAGGCAGCAGAGCUUCGACCCUCAGAGUCCGCUCUGCGCCCACAUCAUCCUGUCUGGAUCCAUGCAGGAGGUGAACGGGACGGAGGCGGAGUUUGCAAAGAAAGCGCUGUUCAGUCGUCACCCCGAGAUGAUCGACUGGCCGAGCGACCACAACUGGUUCUUCGCCAAGUUCAACAUCACGCAGGUGUGGGUGUUGGAUUAUUUUGGCGGGGUGAAGACCGUCACUCCAGAUGAAUAUUUCCAGGCAACGCCGUACAGGAAGCACCACUGACGGAUUCGAACCUUCGACCCGGAGACCUGAAUGUCCGAGACGCAAAAUCCUCCUCAGGAGCUUCACGCCAGUUAACCUGCUAAUAAUCAUUUAUGGGAUGAAUCAUUCCCAUCGUCUCUGCUUUUUCCUCAUUUUAAAGCUUAAAGAAAACGUCUUUAAUUCGACCUCAGAACGCGAAACAGCUGCAGGGUCAAAAUUCAUGCUUUUGACUGUUUUAAUAUCACCUCUAAUGUUGAUGUAUGCAUGCUCAGGUAUGUGAAAAGGGUGUGCGUGUGUGUGUGUGUGUGUGUGUGUGUGUGUGGUUUUUAAAAAAACGCCAACUGUGCUGUUACAGUUUGUCCACUAGAGGGCGAAAUCAGGCUGAAAAAUUCAAUCCCCCAGAACAGAAGAGGAUCCAUCCAUACAUCCAUUCUCUUCCACAGGGUCAGGGGUCACCCUGUAGAGGUCACCAGCCUGUUUCAGGGCUAACACACAGAGACAGACGGCCAUUCACGCUCACACCUAUGAAUAUAUUUAUAUGAAUUCUUAUUUUAAUGAAUUUAAAGUUAAGUUGGCAAACAGACUUUAGGGCCGCAUUAACCCUGCACAGCACUGCAGGCGUCAGCGUUCUGUUCGGCCUCGCUGCGGCGGCUCGUUCGCUCACAGGGUUUCGUGUGAGGUUUCACACAUUUUGCCCCGGAUGCAGUUUUUCUAUCAUUUUAACCACCUGCACUUUAUGAAACACAAACUCAGUUUUUAGUGAAUGUGGCAGGAGAACUUACCUAUUAAUGACCACACUAACUACGUUUCCCACGAGUCUUUGCCAUCAGCAGGCUGUUUAAAUCUCAUGGGUGGUUAGUAAAAAUUUAUUUGCCAAAAUCUUCAAUUUUAUUUUAGAUAUCAGUGAUUUAAACAGCCACAGACCGUCCUUCAUAUUUUUAAAUAAACAGAUAACUGGUGUCUUUUUUAGAGAAAUAAUAAUAAUGGGACUGUGUACAGCAGGGGCGUUUUCCUUUGUUGUGGGCGUUGACUUAUUUGGGCGCUGUUAAAAGGGGAGGAGCUUGUGAGCUUUUGCCUUAAACUUCGUUGUAUAUGUGAGAAACUUUAUGAUCUUCACGCUGAAGAUGAAUCUGCACUUUGAUAAAAGUGGAAGUUUGCUGUGAAAUGUUUAUUUUUUGAAAGGAAAAUAAAGAUUUGUGUUAAAAAACCAAAA